AUGAAGGCUGGAGCAGCUGCCCUGGCAGCCGGGAUCCUCGGGGGCACCGGGGUGCUGCUCUUCCUCAUCGCCUUUGGCACGGAUUAUUGGCUCCUGGCCACCGACACCUGCGGGGUCUUCGAGCAUGGGAACAGCACUCUGAGCACCGGGGGGGCUGAAACUCCAACAGAAGUCGGGAAUGAGAUCCUCACUUUCCACCACGAGGGUUUCUUCUGGCGGUGCUGGUUCUUUGGUGAGGGCCACCCUGAGAGCAUCUGGACCUUCUGGUACACCAGCCAAGCACACCCCAAGUUCUGCAUGCAUGGCUACCUCUUCCCCAUGCCCAUUGCUGUGGGACCUUUCCCCCAUCCCUCCUAUGACACAACUGCAGUGUACAGAGGAUUUUGGACGGCGUUCAUCCUGCUGGCCGUGGCUGCCGGGCUCGUGGGGGGGCUCCUGCUGGUCUGUGGGGUCCCCUUCUCCAGCCCCCACUCCUACAAAGUUGGGGGAGGAUUCCUGCUGCUCUCAGGAGGUUUGUUUCUCCUGCUCGUGUUUCUCUUUGUGAUGUGGAAGGAGUUUGCAGCUGACUUCCAGAGGUACAUCCUCCUGGAGAGGAGUGAGAGGUGCCUGGAUGAUGUCCCUGUGCACGUCUACUACGGGUGGUCCUUCAUGUUCGCUGCCGCCGGGGUGCCCCUGGUGCUCCUCUCUGGACUCCUCUUCUUCCUGGUGGGCAGAGACAUUAUGGAUUCCCUGCAGUAA